AUGGAAGAAUCAAACAUGGCCCAAGCUUCUUUUAUUUGCCUUCUCCUCAGUUUUUCCAUCAUAUUUCCUUCGAAUGCAGCCGACAUAAGCAUAGACUGUGGAUCAUCAAGUUCUCACGUUGACGCGGACAACAGAACGUGGGUGGGAGACACAGACUUCGUAAACGCCGGUUUGACGUCUAAAUAUGCACCUUUAAUCAAAACGGAUGAUUCUCUAACCACACUCCGGUAUUUUCCUACGGGGGAUACCAACUGUUACACCAACAUUCCAGUGGAUAAAGGUGGGAAAGUGUUAGUUAGGACGAGAUUCAACUACGGAGACUACAAUAAAGAAUCCAAGGCUCCGAGGUUCGAUGUCGUUUAUGAUGGAAAACAUAGAGAUUCCGUCAUCACAACGACAUUCGUCGGCGGUACUCGAUCGGAAGCGAUAUUUAUUCCUGAGAGCGGGAAUACCAGUGUUUGCUUUGUUCGCACGCUUUUGAACGAGCACCCUUUUGUGUCUACCAUUGAAGUACGGAGGUUGGACGACUCUAUGUAUACAGAUCUUGGCCCUAAGGAAGGUUUCAUCCUCCAGCAAAGGACCGCCUACGGUGCGCAGGAAUUAGUAAGGUCUCCGUUUGAUCCUUAUGAUAGAAUGUGGCAGCCGGCAACGGUUGCGGUCACACAUCUAAAAAGUUCUGCCAUUUCUAUCAACACAACAGGGGCUGACAAUAGACCACCAGAGAUUGUCCUUCGGACAUCUUGGUCAAAGAAGGACAUGGCUUUCUAUGAUAUAAGCCUACCUUUUUCCGGACUAACAUUUUACAUUGUCAUGUAUUUCUCGGAACCGCUAAGCCUUAGUCCCGACCAAAAGCGAUCUUUUUACGUUUACUAUGACAACAAGCAAGUGGGUCUAAAUCUAAUUGUGCCACCUUUCGGGGCAGUGAUGCAAGCUUCUCUGAGGGGUGUGGUGACGAGUAGGCUUCCUUAUCUGACAUUUAAAGGUACACCGGACUCAAAUUUGGACCCACUCAUCAACGCUCUCGAGCUCUAUGUCAUUAGCAAUAGUGGUGGAAACGGGACUAAUUCAACAAGCACGAGCGGUGGAAGCAGCCCUAGCACCGGCGGUGGUGGUGGUGGCAGUCCUAGCACCGGCGGUGGUGGUAGCAGCCCAAAGACUGGCGGUAGUGGUGGUGGCAGCCCUAGCACUGGCGGUGGUAGUGGCAGUCCUAGCACUGACGGAGGUGGUGGAGGCAAAUCCGAAGAAUCUUCAGGGAAGUCCGAAGAGGAGAAAAGCAGCAACAGCUUAGCAUUACCACUUGGUAUUUCAUUUCCGUCGUUGUUGGUUCUUGCAGCUAGUGGUUGGGGUGCCUGGAACUAUUUCAUCAAACCCAAGCGCCACCGCGAAUCAGAAUUACCGCUCAAACAGAAUAUAAACGUACAAGUGAAUGUGGGAAACAACAUGGGGAAUGCAACAGUGAAUACUGGGCAAUGACGAACGACUUCUACAACAUCUUGA